GACGUGAAGGCAGCCCUGGAGUAACAAUAGUUGAUACUCCUGGAUUUAACAGCAGUGUACAACAGCUUGAAGAUAUGGUUUGGACACUAGCAGAGAUAGAAGAAGUGAAUGGGUUUGUCCUGGUAUUCAGAUAUAAGGACAGGAUGAGCACAGAACUCGCCCGAUCUCUUGCUGCUGUUGGUCGUCUUCUUGGUAAUGUCACUAAAAACUUGGCAGUGGUUAUAUCAUUUUGGUCUUUCAGUGCAGCCGCAGAGGAGGAUAGGGAUAACAGAAGAGUCAACAAAAAAAGAUAUACAGAUCAGAUAAUUGAGAUGCUGAAAGAUAUUCUGGAUACUAGAGAGGAUAUCCCUGUCUUUUACAUAGACUCCCACUACUCCCUGGCUGAUGAACAGGAGAGAAGAAUGUUUAAUAAAGAAACAUCAAAACUCUGGCAGUUUAUUAAGGAUGUUUCUCCCUGGGUGAGCCUACCUCCUGCAAAACUAAAGGCUCAGGUUCGCAGAGUAAGAAGAAGGACAGGAGAAAUGAAAGAGAAAUGUCAGGUGUAUGAGGAUGAUAGAAUGGAGUGGAUGGAUAAAUUUACCAACCAGAAAUCUAUAAUAAAACACCAGGAUGAUGAAAUUAUGGAUUUACGAAGUUCAAUCGAAGAUCUUAAAUCCAGAUGUAGAAGAUCAUGAACAAAGCUCAAGAACAUCAAAAAGGACAUCAUUAACAUCACUAACAUAAUGACAAUCAGGAACAUUCAAAACACCAAGAACAACUAAUAUUACAAAGAUUUGAAAAUAUAGCUUUUUAAAUUUAAGAAA